CCAGCCACCUACGAAGAACCGUGGCCUUCGCGCCGCACGCUCUCGUAACGUCCUCCAGCAGCAGGUGCAGGAGCCGAAGGAGUCUCCGAGUGGAGGCCGCCGACUCGGCGGUGUGUAUAUGUGGCGCGCCGGUCACGUCGGACGACGGCUCCGACAGCAUCUGACUCGUCGGACACCUGCGCUCUCGAGCAUUGCGCGAGCACUCUCGACUGGUCCGGCCGCCGAGCUGCAGCCUCCGCCGGAGCCGGAGCGGCACCGCGGCGACAAGCGUGCGCGGCAGCUCACGACCUCGAUCACCUCCUCUCCCGACGCCGAGUCGCUGCUCUCCCUGUUUGCGAGGCGCGGCGACGACUUCAACGACCGCCACAUCUCCGCCUUUUGGACCACGCUCGGCCGUCUCGCGCGGGCCGGACAGACCCGCCUGCGCCUGCACGCCGACGCCGACGCCGUCGACGCGCUGCGCGAGCCGUGCCACGUGACUGCGGCGCUGCUCUCGACGCAGCUCGUGGAGCCGCGCGUGGUCUCGUCGGUGCUCCACUCGCUCGCAGCGGCGAGGCUCACCGGGCACGGCCCGUGGGAGCACGUCUGGCGGGACGGAGCGAGCGCGGCGCUCGCCUCGGACUUGCGCGAGUAUGCGCCGCAAGCCCUGUCCAACCUGGCGUGGGCCCUCGCGCACAACCGAGGCAGCGCGCCCAGCGACCUCCUCGACGCGAUCGCGAUCGAGAUCACGGCGUGCCACGACCCCACUUGCCCCCACCCUCUCACCGAGCGCUUCACGCCGCAGGGCCUCGCAAACACGGCCUGGGCCUUUGCCGAGGAGCUGAGCAACCUCGCGCGUGCCUUUGCGACGGCGGGGCACGAGGCGCCGGAGCUGCUCGACGCCAUCGCACGCGCAGCACGGCAGCGGUUGAGCGAGUUCACGCCUCAGGGCGCCGGCGGCGACGCGCCUAGUGCAGGCCCGCCGCCGCUACGCGCCGCUCUCUGCGCCGAGCUGCUUGUCGAGGGCCGCGCCGCCGCCCUCAACCCCGCCGAGCUCGCCAUCACGCUGUGGGCGUUUGCCACGGCCGGACACACCGGCGGCGAGCCGUACCGAAUCAUCGCCAUUCUCUCCUCCGCGUCCCUCUCCUCUGCCCCGUCCGCCAUCUCCAACGCGGCGUGGGCGCUCGCGACGGCGCGGCACGAGAACCCGCGCCUCUUCUCGGCGCUCGCACAGGCCGCCGCCGCAAACAUCGACCGGCUCGGCGCCCUUGACCUCUCCAACUUGGCGUGGGCGUUUGCUUGGUCGAGCCAGUAUAACGCUCGCACUCAUGCGAGGCGCACAGUGAUGCGGCUCAUCCAGCGCGCCAGGCUCGGCUCUGCGGCGCUCGUGCGGCUCAGCGACUUUGACGGCGGGUCGCUCUCAAACCUCGCGUGGGCCCUCGCGGUCGCCUCCCCGUCCCCCGACGUGCUGGACGCCGUCGCCGCCGCCGCCCUUUCCGAGCGGCUGGCGGAGGUGCACGGCAGCACGGCGCUCAACGUGGGGCAGCUCUGCCAGGUGCACCAGUACCAGCUCUGGCUGGAGGAGCGCGGCGAUGCGCUUCCCGAGGCGCUGCGCGAGCAGGCGCGCGACUCCUUCCUCGGCAUGGCGCAGCUCGCCCCGUCGUCGCGGCUCGAGAGCCUAGAUGCUGCAGACGCAUCCCAGAUGCAGAGGCUCGUCGCUAGGGAGUUGCGCGCAGUCGGCGGGGUGCGCUCCGUGGAGGAGGAGGUUGUGGUGGCGCAGGGGUACACGGUUGACUUGCUCGUGCAGCACGCGGACUUCGGCCCGCUGGCGGUCGAGGUGGACGGGCCGCACCACUUCCUGUCGGAAGGGUCCCGCCGGCCUACAGGGGCGACCCAGCUCAAGCGGCGGCAGCUGCGCAGCUCUGGGCUCCGUUUGGUCUCGCUUCCUUACUGGGAGCUGAACGAGCUGCAGGCCCAGCCCCGUAGAGGCUUCUUGAGCGGGCCGUGAGAGACGACCAGCGAGUCGAGAGUGCGGAUGACCCUUGACACCGAUCCCGAUCUUCGGAUCCACGCGAAUGUGUGACAGCGAUCCGAGCCGCGAGCGAUCAUGAGCGAUGUCUCCGCACGCAUGUGCCAGGCUUCAUGUGGAUCUGCCGGUACGGCUUUAUGUCGGUCGUGUCCAGCCC